AGAGUCUUUUUAAUUUGUUUACGUCUUAGCCUUUUAAGGCAAAGACCCGACUUUUGAAUUACCUGCUUUUACGCACAAUUGUUCACAUUUACUAGUAAGGCCAGUUUAAUCACAGCUAAGGCAAAUGGAGUCGACAACCCACAAUAUGCAGGGACUAAGUGGUCAACAAGCUUGUCACGAAAGUAAGUGUUUAAAAACAAAUAAUAGUUUUCUUUUUCUCGAAUGAUUUAAACGCGCUUUAUAAAACUAAUUUGACGUAUUUUCCUUAAGGGCGGUUUCGGUUGAUGGCAAUAUAGGUGUAAUUGCGCUGUUGACAAAAAUCAUCUGGAACCCUGAAGGUGUGACAAAAAGAAAGGCAAUAACUAACGUAUAGCCACGUACUGAGAGUGCCAGAAAACCAUCUGCAAUAAGACAUCUUUAUAAGAAAGAAAAAAUAUGUUCGGACCAAUCUGGUUCAAUUUCAAUUGUAGUUCGACACGAUGUGAAAGCCGUACUAAAUUAGAUGGACUGUGAACCAACUAAUGCUGAUUUUAAUUUUCUAGAGUCGUCUUGAAGAAUUAAAGAACCGUUCAAAGGCUUAGAAGCAGGAUUCCCAAAGCCUUCUCUGAUCCACGCAACCAACGUGGCAUGAAUUGAUAGUUAAAACAAGAAUUUAACUAUAGGCUGACUCGUUGCUCAAUGGUCCUCCAUGGAACGGCUUUGGCCCUAAAAGGUGAAAACUUCGCACAAAAUUUUGCCCUCGUGAUUUUAAGUUUUCGCUCACAAAUUCUGGUAGCAUGUGAAAACCAUCUGAAAAAUCAAGCAUAAAAGGGAAUUGUCGAUUUUAAAAAUUAUAAAAGCUUCUUGCUGCGUGCGUUAAUAAUUUAGAAGUUUUCCUUGUCGCUGCAAUCAAAGAAAGACUUAAAGAGACUCAUUUUGGGAUUAUAUAGCAUUUGGAUGUGGGUGGAAAUGUGAUCAGUUUUAAUGCAAAGAAACAGUGGCGUUUGAAAUAACUAUGGGUUAAUUGUUACCACGCAUUUGGAGUCAAAAACGUACGCGGAAAAGAAAGUUUGACAUUCAGCAUAUCGAGCAAGAAAAGCAACGUUUGUAAAAGGAGAGUUUGACAAUAUUUUCUGGCCUCGGAGCCUGUGAAGUCUUAUAUUUAUGGCAAUGGCCGUAGCAGCUGCAGUGACUCUCAGUUAUCGGCGUUCUCGCACCUCGUCGCGUGAUUGGUCGAUUGCCAACUCAGUGCCGGUCGCCGUGGACAAGUUAUCAACGCCGAUCACCAUCAACAUUGGCGGCAAAAAAUACGAAACGUAUGAGAAUACGCUGAACCAGUUUCCCAACACCCUACUUGGAAAUCCUGAAAAACGCAAAAGAUACUUUGAUGAGAAGAAGAACGAGUACUUUUUCGAUCGUCAUCGCGGUGCCUUCACUGCUAUUCUGUAUUAUUACCAAUCUGGGGGAUUGAUAGAGCGGCCUCUUCACGUCCCCAUGAAUAUUUUCGUCGAGGAACUGAAUUUCUUUCAGUUAACCGAUGAAAUACAAAAGCAAAACGAAGAAGCUGCUCUCGCCGAAGAAGAAGAAAAUGGCGAGGAUGAGGAGGGGGAAGGGGAGGCCGAGGAACUUCCUAAGAAUAAAACCUUGCGGAAGAUUUGGCUGUUGUUCGAGUUCCCGAGUUCGUCUUUUUCUGCAAAGUGCCUUGCUAUUUUCUCGUUAGCGAUUAUCUUGCUUUCCAUCAUAAUAUUCUGCAUUGAGACGUUGCCGGUCUUGGAGGAUUCUUUCCACGUGUUUUUCAUACUGAACGCAGUCUGCAGCUCGUGGUUCACUUUCGAAUACGUGAUUCGUUUAAUAGCUUCUCCGAACAAGAUUAAAUUCCUCAAAGGGGUUCUAAACAUCCUGGACCUUCUUUCAAUUCUUCCGUUUUACGUCACACUCAGUGUGGCCAAGGAAUCUGCGGGGAGCAUCGGUAUUCUCCGUGUCAUGAGGGUGAUACGUGUCUGUCGGAUCUUCAAACUGACACGUCACUCCAAAGGCUUGCAUAUCUUGGGUAACACGCUGUACGCGAGCAUUAAUGAGCUCAUCAUGUUGAUGUUGUUCUUAGUCAUUGGCGUCGUGCUGUUCGCGAGCGGUGCGUAUUACGCCGAGGAGGCAACGAAUCCGAAGUUCGAAAGCAUACCGGCAGCGUUCUGGUGGGCCGUCGUUACUAUGACAACCGUUGGGUAUGGUGACGUUUCACCAAUCACUACCGUGGGUAAGUUGAGUAAGUUGUUAGAGAGUGGAGGAACGUUCCAGUGAACCCACCAGCUAAGGCUUAUUUUCGCUAAGAGCCCCUAGAAGCCCAUUCUUGGGCUCCUGCUCCGUGAAAAUCGGGAGUCCUGCGUUUAUUAGUAUGAAGGAUAAAAAAGUGCUCCCACAGCCCUCUUUUCCGGCACCCAUUUCACACCUAAAUAGAGAGAGGGGGGAGUGUGUUGGGCGAAGCUUUUUACUAGGAAACAACAUGACAAACAUGACAGUAGAGACUAAGACUAAAACCUUUCACCCCCCUCGUUGUGUUCACUUAACUGGGCUUGACUGAAUUAGCCUGCGAGCAAGUUUUCGGGGGGGGAGGGGGGGUGGGGCAGAACUCCCAGAGAGCUUGUUCACAGGCUACUACUGAUUAUGUCAUUAAAAACCUACUUCCCCCACCCCACACACCACAUAACCCACUACGAAAGGCUGCCAACGAGGGUUAUCCCUUCUAAUACAAAUUAGAAUUUUUCACGGUUGAGAAAAAUUGAUUUCAGCCAAGGCUAAUAAAAACUGAAACUGAAUAAAAUUACAGGUAACCAAGCUGUUCCGACACUUUCCUGCAUAAUGAUGAACCAUGCAAAGUUAACUUUCUAUUAGAAGUAACCGUCUUCUGGAGAGCGUGGAUCUUUGUUUUAUUCUGUUGCGACUUACAAACUGCACUAUAUUUUCAGGUAAAUUAGUGGGAACCCUGUGCGCCAUAUCUGGCGUGCUCGCCAUUGCUCUCCCUGUGCCCGUCAUCGUCUCCAACUUUGAAUAUUACUACAAACUGGAAUUAAGUAAAAGGCAGGAUGCUAAGAAUGCAAGCGCAGUCACGUAUCAGAACCUCGAAAACCUUGUGCUUAAAUCACCCAUGAUGGAACGAAAAGCGGCUAAGGAGGUGAACGAAAUCGGUUCGCCUCUGAACGUGCAUCAGGGAAAGCUGGAUGUACCUCAUGGUAUUCACUCGACCUCUUUGACGGGGCAUCGAAAUGCAAACGGUGCCAUGAAAAUUGGACAUGACACUAUAAUAGAAGCGGAUGAAUUAAGCUUCUCUAGUGGCGGAGGUUCUAAGCCAACGACUCCAAAAUCUCGAAGGAAACAUCACCCUGGCCAUUCCCCAUCUGAGACUAUCUUGUAAAGGAAGCGCAUGCGCGGAAGCCUUGUGUUACAACGCAUGUGCGAACCGCAAGCAAAUCCUCACAGGUUCGUUUUCGUUAAAAUUCAGCUGGACAGCAAGGACAAACACACCUAAUUCGCCUCAGUAUCAUGGUCUGUAGGUUCUACCAGAUCCGUCAUGUCCUCUCAAGGACCACCUCCAAAAUAGAUGAAUCCUUAAAUUUGGGGGUUCUGGCAUGUUGAUCAUUAAAGUCGUAAUUAGGACACUUGCAAUACUGACCCGUUUGUACAGUACAAUAGGGCAUUCCCCAGUUGCCUCAAGCCUCUGUUUCAAAGGGAGGCUAAGUGCGAAGCCAUUGAUGUGAAAAUGAUUUUUUAUUCUUAUGUAAAUAAAACUCAUUUUCACAACAUUAGUUUUGCAUUUAGCCUCGUUUUGAAAGUGAUAGAUUUUGGAACUCAGAAAUGGCCUAUUCAAUGCAAUGCAGUGCAGUGCAAUGGAAUAAAAUGCAAUGUAUUGCAGUACAGUACAAUCCAUUGCAAUACAAAGCAAUGCUUUGCAUUGCACUACAAUGAAAUGAAAUACAAAUUGAGAACUUGAAGGACCAACCUGGGCACAGCGCAGCAUGAAUGGAUGAAAAUACAGAAAGGUUGCAAAAAAGAACGGUUCAUUCAUUUUAAUUCGUACUCUGACUACCAUCAUGACUUGUUCAGGGCGUGGACUUCGCAGUAAAGUCUGCUACAGUCCAAGGAAAAAGUCAUUGGCAAAUAAAGGUGAAUUGUUUUUACCAUGUCCUUUUGGCCUAGCUGUCUAGCUGAAUUUUGAUACCGCGAAAGGAGCCUAAAAAACCACAGAGUUACGGAAAAAAACCUUUAUUGAAGAGUCAACUGUUUAUGGAAACAACUGUCAGUGAACACGAACAACGAGUCAAGCAAGGCGGCGUAGAAGGCAAGCAAAAGGGAGUGUGGAAUUAAUGAAUGUUGUUCUCAGCUUUAACGCUUCAUGACGUUUACGACUGGCCAAAAAUGAGAGCUUCAUGAACGUGAUUACAGAGUAUUUUUUUGGACAGGUAUAGCUUGUUGUUUUAAUGAAUGGAGCAUGCGGCAAAAGCGGAACACAAUGCUUACAGGUCGGGAAAACGGUCUCGUCUAUCGAUGAGCGGUCGGGACUGAAAAAUUACAGUGACGUGCGUUUUGCAAUUGGUGUAUACAAGAAACUGGAAAAAAAGCUGAAUACUUUGGGUUCAGGAAAAUUGAAUUUAAACGGUAAAAACUAGUAAAACUAGUAUGGUAAGCUAAGUAGAGAAUAAUAUAUGAUUGAACAUGUCGGUGCUUGCUUUAGCACAGACCGGUGAGUUCGCUUAAUUUUUGUUUUUGCCAGAAGACCAAAGACGGGUUGAACAAGAAGAACGCUUAGCGUACGGCUUAAUGAACAAUUUUUUAAAAAAUCAGUAACAAAGGUUAACGGUAACCGUGAAAAAAGUGGCGUGGAAUGAAGAAAAAACUUAGGGCCAAGUACUAGUAGUUUAGCCAGUGUUUAACAAAACUUUUAAUACAGCGAAAAAAUUAACAGACCGCCAGCACACUUUCAAUUGCAGCAACAUUUCGUUACCUCGUUGGAUGAGACAAAAAAUUGUUGCCUUGUGGUAGAGGUAAUUUUUUUAAUACAAAUUUUUGAGAGAUUUAGAUGUUAUUGGAAACUUUGUUACAGUUAGGAAAGGUUACAAGCCGCAUUAAAAUAGUGGUCAUCAGUGGAUUGGAAGCUAUUGGACAAAGCAUCUGUCAAUCUCAGUAGAGUCACAGGAACCAAUCAGAAUUCGAAACAAACACGGAAGUUGCUUGCAAGUGCGGGAAAAUAGUGCCAACAGGUCACCAUUGUUUUUGUUUCUUAAUAUAAUUCUGAUUGGUGUAGAAGUAAGUGUGGGAACUUUAAGCCAAUCAGAAAGUGUAGCUGCUCGAAACUGAAGCAUCGUGUGCAGCUUGUCAGUUUAGUCGCGCAACUUAGUCGACCGACAAAACAGAUCGUCUUCGACUACGGUUUGAGAAUUGGCCCCCGAGCUCGGUUAUUUGGGACUCGUAAACUAAAAUUUAGCAAAUGAACUGCACAUGUAUUUGCAAGUUACCAUUGCAAGUUAAGGAAAGAGAUAUUCAAGGACUGUAUUUUUUAAAAAAACCGGCGCAAAAAUAUAUCCCCAUUAUGAUGCUUCUUACAAACAAAAGAUACUGCUCUACAAUGAAACUGUUUAGUAGCUGCACUAGAACUGCACUGAUUACAAAUUAAGGAUGGCUAGAACGUGCAUGUUUAAAUAACUUGUUAGAAGCCAAAGAAAUAUCCGGU